CCCGCCCGGACCUGGACAACAUAGUUUUCUGGGCCUCCCGGGAAGCUGGUGUGAAGGCGUAAUUUGUGGUGGCUCUUAACAACCCCAACAACAACACCCUCUCCCUCACUGGCUAAAUUGUACGUUUCACCUGAAAGAUGUUCGGCAUUCAGCCUUGCCAACAAGUAUUAGUUCUUUGGAGUACUCCAGUUAAUGAUGAGGAACUGCAAACUUUAGUUGGAGAACUGAAGUCAGCAGUUGGAAAUGAAGGAAAGGUAGCAGUUGAGAACUCAGAUAUGUUAAUGAGCUCUAACCAUCAAGCAAGUUCCUUUGACCAUGUACUUGCUGGAGUUCUUCCCCCAUUUACAUUUCUGUGUCCAGUCAACAUCUUAGGUGAAGCUCUUCGUACUCUCAAACCCAAUGGAUGCUUAACAGUGAGAACAACAGACACUAGCAGUACACAGUCUAAUUUGAAACUUGCAGGUUUCACUUCCAUAUCAGAACCAAAAAAUGCAAAUCUUACUGAUGAGCAAAAGAGGAACCUCACAACACCAGUUGUAGAAGUAACAUGUAAAAAGCCUAGUUUUGAAAUUGGCUCUGCAAUGAAGCUGUCCUUUGCAAAACCAGCUGUAUCAAAGCCAUCAGCUGGCACAUGGAACAUUGAUUUAGAUGAUGACAUUGAUCUUACUGACCCAGAUGACUUACUCACAGAAGAUGACUUGUUCCGUCCUGAUCCAGCAAGUCUGAAGGUGUGUGGAACUACAGGGCAACGCAAAGCAUGUAAAAACUGUGUCUGUGGCUUAAAAGAAGAAUUAGAUGAGGAGAAUAAGAAGUCAGUUGAAGAAAACAAGAAAAACUUUAAAUCCUCAUGUGGUAACUGUUACCUUGGAGAUGCUUUUAGGUGUGCUUCUUGUCCAUACCUUGGGAUGCCAGCAUUUAAGCCUGGAGAAAAGGUGAAACUUGCAGACAACACUCUCCAAGAUACUACUUAAAGAAUGACAUCUCAUAAGGAGUAAGGCAGUACAUCAUGUUAAUGUAAUACAUUAUGAUUGUGAUUGUAGUUGUUGGAAAAGAUUACAUUUAGUUAACAAAGAUGAAGAAUAAAAGUCACAAUACUAGAAGUGAAUAGCAAA